AUGAUGAUUGUGCAUGUUGAUCUGACUUCGCUCAAAGUUAUUGUGGCAGAGACAGGAAUAGUUCUAGACUGUCAGGUUCAUGACUUGAGCUACAAGGUUGCUGAUGGUGGUGUUGGAAACGACGGUCAGUGGAUUUGGAUGGUGCUCCAACACCUCGUUGGAUUGCGAAGGGUGGACGAAAAAGUAAUCGGGGAUGGUGCUCCAGUGCCUUGA